GCAGAACUGGGGAGGGGAGGGAGGGAGGGGAUAAUAAACUGACCGCUUUGAACAGACAGCUUGGCUUUCACAGGAGCAGCGCACAGACUGUAAAAGGCGAGGUCUCUGUUUCCUGCCCUGCGAGGGAGCUGCGUUUCUGGGGUAGCGCUGAGUGACAGUCGGGCUGAAGGAUGCAGAAGGACAAGGAGAAAUACAGAGACAUCGAUGAGGAUGCGAUCCUGAAGGGGAUGAGCCCGGAGGAGCUGGAACAGCUGGAAUGUGAGCUGCAGGAGAUGGAUCCUGAGAAUGCCAUGCUACCCGCGGGCAUGCGCCAACGUGACCAGACCAAAAAGAGCCCGACCGGUCCGUUUAACCGCGAGGCUCUGCUGGGUCACCUGGAGAAGCAGGCGCUGGAGCUGGCGGACAGGGAGGACCUGGUGCCCUUCACCAAGGAGAAGAAAGGGAAGGCGUUCAUCCCGAAGCAGGUGAAGAGGGAGAUCCCGCAGGAUGAGCAGAUCACCCUGGAGCCUGAGCUGGAGGAGGCUCUGAAGAACGCCAGCGACGCAGAGAUGUGUGACAUUGCAGCUAUUUUGGGGAUGUACACGCUGAUGAGCAACAAGCAGUACUACGACGCGCUGACCAGUGGAAACAUCGCCAACACAGAGGGGAUCAACAGUGUCGUUAAACCUGACGCCUACAAGUUGUACCCCGACGAACCCCCGAACCCCACCAACGUGGAAGAGAGCCUGAAGCGAAUCCAAGACGACGACAGCAGCCUGACGGACGUCAAUCUGAACAACAUCAAGGACAUUCCCAUCCCCACGCUGAAGGACGUCUUUGACGCCAUGAAGAGCAACACGUCGGUCAGGUCCCUGAGUAUCGCCGCCACUCGCAGCAACGACCCCGUAGCGCAUGCUGCAGCAGAGAUGUUGAGAGAAAACAAAUCCCUCCAGAGUCUUAAUAUCGAGUCGAACUUCAUGACUGGGGAGGGGAUGACGGACAUCGUCAGCGCUCUGAAGGAGAACACCACCCUGACAGAGAUCAAGAUCAACAACCAGCGCCAGAUGCUCGGGGACUCUGUGGAAAUGGAGAUCGCAGACAUGCUGGAAAAAAACACGUCCAUCAUUAAGAUUGGGUAUCAUUUCACUCAGCAAGGGCCACGCGCUCGAGCUGCCAUGGCCAUCACCAGGAAUAAUGACCUCCGUGAGUGUGCCAGCAUGCAUUGCAAUUCAUUUACUGCCCUCUGCUCCCCUCCCGAGGGUCUCCCCUGGUAAAGGCACGGCCGCGUGGUGUGCAGGGGGGAGUCGCACAGUCAGGGGAGUGCAGGGGUCCCCGAGGGUCUCCCCUGGUAAAGGCACGGCCGUGUGGUGCGCAGGGGGGAGUCGCACAGUCAGGGGAGCGCAGGGGUCCCCGAGGGUCUCCCCUGGUAAAGGCACGGCCGCGUGGUGUGCAGGGGGGAGUCACACAGUCAGGGGAGCGCAGGGGUCCCCGAGGGUCUCCCCUGGUAAAGGCACGGCCGUGUGGUGCGCAGGGGGGAGUCGCACAGUCAGGGGAGCGCAGGGGUCCCCGAGGGUCUCCCCUGGUAAAUGGGAUAAUUGGACAUUCUAAGUUUGGGUGAUUAACAGGGGUAUAAUAACUGGCCACUCUUACAUUUAUUUAAAAACACGUAGCAAUACAUUUAAAUCCUUCCCUUCCCUUCCCUUAUGAAAAGCACAAUGCCUUCUCCAGAAAGGACACUGCUGGGUGUAUAGCUUUUAAAAAGCGACUUGAAAUGAUACCGAAGCAUCACAGCCAUCUUCACUCCUAUUCUUCUGCUCGGAUCACUUUGUUUCACUUAAAAAAAAAAAAGUCUUCUCUCUACGUGCCCCACAUACAGUAGAUGCCGCUUAUUAACAAGCUCUCGGUUCCCAGCAAAAAGUUUUUAUUAACUGAAAGUUACCAAUAAGCGACAAGCCCUCGUUUUCAAGUGUAUUUAUAUAGAACAAUGAUAUAUACUGUAGUUGUACAAAUAUGACACUGAAAUACAUGUUUGAAAUGUUACAGAGUUAAAUUAACAUGAACACCCAAACAUAGAACUGUGUACUAAAACAAAACAGGAAGUAAGCUUAAAUCAAACUACACAACGAUGUACUACAACUGUCCUUACAACGACUGAAGCAAACGCAUGCAAAAACAUGUGUUGUACUUUCAAAUCAAUUCUAAAGAACACACUUUUUUUUUUUCUGAUGUACCACCUCCUGCUGUAAAUCCAUCUCAAUUGUGCGGCCAGUUUCAAAGCCGCGAUUCUGCCUCGGUCCUCCAGAAAUACGCGUUUGCGAAGUCAGUGUGUUUUAAAAGCUGCAUGAAUCACACGCGUGCGUUCUGCAGCAGAGUGAUAAGCAGAGUGCACUGGCUAAUAUCAGAAUCCCAUUAACGUUAAAGUCUGUGGGACGGGAUUGCUUCCUGGGGAAAUGCUAAUAAAGCUGUCUUUAUCAGGGUUGCUAAUAAGCUCCAUCUAAUGUACAUCUCAAAAUCCAAAAUGAAAUACUACUGUACUAUUUUUUAGCGACAUCAUUUUGUAGUUUUCUUUUGAUUACACGAUGCUAAAUAAAAAGAUCUAAAUUGUUUUUCUUUUCUUUUUUAAAUGACGUCUCAGUCCUACAGUUCUGGGUGAUGCAGAACGUUUGGUUUUGCAGACAGUGUGAGGAGCGAGUGAGUUUAGAUCACGGUGAUGUUUCUCACUCUCGUGUCAGGUUGCUUGUGUUGGUCUGGCGUGCGCUUCUCUCGCGGCUGGCGUUCUUCAGCGCUUUGUGAGCUGCACACCUGGAAACGAGAAUCGGAAAUCAGAACGCGGAAACGAGAAUCGGAAAUCAGAACACGGAAACGAGAAUCGGAAAUCAGAACGCGGCUGCUGGCUACAGACUUGAAUGAUUGCAAACAUCACAAACGGUUAUGGGGGCAGAAAAAAAAAAAAAAUGAAA